GCACUGUCACCUGCGGCGUGCGCGGGGACAGCAGGCACUGCCCGUCCCGCAGGCAUCCGCUCCUGGGACAUCGACCUCACCUCCUGCAACCUGGACGAGCAGCUGAAGCUCUUCGUCUCCCGCCACUCCGCCACCUUCUCCAGCAUCGUCAAAGGUCAGCGGACCCUGCAUCACCGCGGCGAUGUGCUGGAGACCCUGGUGCUGCUCAACCCCUCCGACAAGUCCCUGUGUGACGAGCUGCGCAACCUCAUCACGGAUGUGUCGCAGCACAAGCUGCUGGUGUUCGCGGGGCCCUGCGUGGAGGAGACGGGGGAGCUGAUGCUGCAGACCGGCUGCUUCUCGCUGCGGGACUUCAUCCAGAUCUUCACCGACAAGGAGGUCGGGGAGAUCCUGAGCUCUGCGGACCCCUCGGCCAAGGCCAGGCUGACCAUCAGCUGCCCCGACUUCGGGGAGUGGAAGAACUCGGGUUUGGACCAUCACAACCUGCAGGACUUCAUUGAGCUGCGCUACAACCCCGGCUGCAUCCUGCCCGAGAUGGAGGGGCUGGAGGAGUUCAUGGAGUACCUCUCGGAGUCGCUGGAGCCCCAGUCCCCCUUCGACCUCCUGGAACCCCCCACCAUGGUGGGUUUCCUCAAGCUCUCCAAGCCCUGCUGCUACAUCUUCCCGGGUGGGAGAGGGGACUCGGCUUUUUUCGCCGUCAACGGCUUCAACGUGCUGGUGAACGGCGGCUCCAACCCCAAAUCGUCCUUCUGGAAGCUGGUGCGGCACCUGGACCGCAUCGACUCCAUCCUGGUGACGCACGCGGGCACCGACAGCCUGCCCGGCAUCAACAGCCUGCUGCAGAGGAAGCUGGCCGAGCUGGAGGAGGAGCCGGCCUCGCAGGGCUCGCAGGGCAACGGCGACUGGGCCCGCAACCUCAUCUCCCCGGAGCUGGGCGUUGUCUUCCUCAACGCCUCCGAGAAGCUGAAGGCCAUCGAGGGCAACUCGCGGGUGCUGAAGAGCUGCGACGAGGCGGCGCUGACGCUGCACUACCUGGAGAAGUUGGGCAUCCGCCCCAACCCCCUGGCGCGGGACGGCGGCCCCCGCGUGGAGCCCACCGUCCUCUUCCAGAAGAUGGGAGUGGGGAGGUUGGACAUGUACGUGCUGAACCCGGUGCGGGGCACCAAGGAGCUGGAGUUCCUCCUGCAGCAGUGGUCGGGGAACGGGUACCCCGAGGAGCAGGAGCUGCCGCUGCAGUGCCUGACCUCGGUGUGCGCCCUGCUGGUCUGGCACCCCGUCAGCCCCGCCGACAAAAUCAUCCGCGUCCUCUUCCCCGGCUGCACUCCCCAGGCGCGCAUCCUGGAGGGGCUGGAGAAGGUGAAGCACCUGGAGUUCCUCAAGCAGCCCGUGGUCACCAAGAACGACUUGAAGGGCCCUCAAGCCGACAAGCAGCUGAAGCAGAGGAGGACGGAGAGCAAGGAGAGCCUGGCAUCCACCUCCAAGCUCAGCCUGGUGGAUGCUGGGAUACCCAAGGAGAAGGCUCCGAAAACGGCGGAGAGGAAGGAGGUGAAGGUGGGGACCAAGGAGAAGCCGAAGGCGCUGGGGGAGGUGACCAGAGCGGGGUCGGAGGAGGAGAAGGCCAAACUCGCCAAGCUGGACUCCUCUGCGGAGAAGCUGAAGGCGGAGGCGAAGCCGAAGGUGAGCAAGGAGAAAGCGAUGCCCAAGAAGGAGCCCGUGCCUCGCAAAGAGGAGAAGAAACCACUGAAGAAGGAGGAGAGCAGCGAGGGGAAGCUGGAACCAAAGAAGGAGGUGAAGAUGGUGAAGAAGGACGUGAAGGCGGAUACGCUGCGGAAGGACGCAAAGGACGGCAAGGCUGAGCCCAAGGCUGCUGCAAAGCCCCCGGCACGGAAAACACCGGUGCCCGAUGCCCGCAAGCCGCUGGUCAAGACCGGCAGCAUCAAGAGGGCCACCCUCAAGAAGGAGCCAGAGAAACCCAAGGCCAAAGGCGGCAAGGAGCCGGGUGGCAAGAGGGAGCCGGGGCCACCGGAGGGCUCCAAGCCCUCCUCCCCCGAAGACGUGGUGCUGGAGGCCGAGGGGCGGAGGAGGAAGGAGGAGUCGCCGGACGAAGGCAUCACCACGGCCGAGAGCGAGCUGGAGCCGUCACCGCUGGAGAACGGAGGGGCUGGGAGGGGGCCGGAGCCGAGCUGCGUGGAGAACGGCGUGGAGGAGCCCGAGAGCCCCCAGCGCUUCCGCUACCCCGAGGGCAGCCCCUGGAGGGCUGUCGGCCCCCCGUCGCCUUUGGCCAAGACCCCCAGGAGCGAGCGCAGCGUCAACUUUGACCUGACGCCCACCGGGCUGCUGCCCCCCGGCCCCGAGGGCGGCGAGGACCCGUGCGGCAGCUCCGAGGAGAAGACCCUGGAGAUGAUGUCCCCGGGCAGCUCGGGGCCCGCCAGCGCCGGGCACACUCCGUUCCAUCAGUCACCGGUGGAGGACGGCGCCGAGGAGCCGGGUGCCAACACGCAGCCCAACCCCUGGGCUCCGGGCAGAGCCCCGCAGGACGGCAGCGAGAAGCAGGCGGGCUGCCUGUCCCUCAGCCCCUUCAAGGACGACGUCCCCGACGUGUCCCCCACCGUCACCACCCCCUCGCUGCCGGCCGAGGUGGGCUCCCCGCACUCCACCGAGGUGGACGAGUCGCUGUCGGUGUCCUUCGAGCAGGUGCUGCCGCCGGUCAGCGAGUCCCCGCAGGAGGAGAGCGGGCGGCCCCGCGCCACGCCGGAGCCCGACCCCGCCAAGGCGGGGGGGCUGUCGCUGCCGCUGCGGCCCUGCCACCACCCGCACCCCCCCCCGGCUCCGCGCCACGGCCGCCGCUCCGAUUCGCCCCACGACGUGGACCUGUGCCUGGUGUCCCCCUGCGAGUUCGAGCACCCCAAAGCCGGCCGCUCUCCCGCCGCCAGCCCCCGCGACCUGUCGGACAGCGAUCCCUCGCAGGAGCUGCAGCCCCCGGCCCCGCACCGCGGCCGGGCCCCCCCCCAGCCCGUGGGUGAGACGCCCCCCACCUCGGUCAGCGAGUCGCUGCCCACCCUCUCCGACUCCGACGUGCCCCCCGCCACCGAGGACUGCCCCUCUCUGCUGGCCGACGGGUUGGAGUCGGACGAGGACUCGGAGCAGCCCCCCCGCGGCCCCCCCAGGGCCCGCGACCCGCUGCCGGCCCCCAUGAAGGACCCCUGCCCCCUCCCCGCCCAGCCCGGCAUCUGCAUGGUGGACCCCGAGGCGCUGCCCAAGAAGGAGCCCCCCCCCGGCAAAGCCAAGCGCACCCCAUCCCGCGUGGGUGCAGUGCCCGCCGCCCCCAAACCCGACGCCCCUAAAGCCACCGGCCUGGCCCUCAAGGGCAGGGGCCCCGCUGGGGACAAGGCCCGGCUGCCCCCCGGGGACAAGAAGGGCCCCCCCAGCGGCACAGGGACCAUGCGCAGCGCUGGAGCCAGAGCAUCGAUGGGAGCCGGACGGGCGUCCCCAGCAGGCUCAAGGGCUGCAGCCCCCCAGGGCCCCCCGGUGUACGUGGACCUGGCGUACCUGCCCGGCUCGUGGAGCGCCCGCACGGUGGAUGAGGAAUUCUUCCGACGCGUCCGCUCCCUCUGCUACGUGGUGAGCGGCGACGACCACCUGAAGGAGGGGGUCCUGCGGCCCAUCCUGGACGCGCUGCUGGCCGGCAAGCACCAGUGGGGCACCGACACCCAGGUGAGACAACCCCCCCCCCCCCCAGACCCCCAAAUAGAAGGGGAACGCAUGGGAUGGAGCAUCCCCCCCCAGACCCCCAAAUAG